AGGAGAGCUUAAGGCUGAUUAUUUAGAACUUCUGAACUCCUCUCUGAACUUCUUAAAACUUCUGACACAUAAGAUAGUUAGAUUUACCAGAUAUGUGUUCAUUUGGACAAGGUGGAACUCACUGCAUAAAGGUACUAGCAAUGACCUUCAUAGAUGUGUCCAAGAGAAGGAAGUAAAGCAGACAGAUUUAUGUGAAAUUUAUGCCAUCACUUUUCUGUCAGUUAUUGUUAAAAUGCUGAGAAAAGUAUUUCAAGUUACCAGAAAUUCUAACAACUGUCUCUUUAGAAGUAUUUGUGAACAUAAGUCAAGUCUUCAGGCUGUUGAAUGUACAGUUCUGCAAGUACCAAGUGUGGGAUUAAGUACCACCCAUUAUCUGCUAGACAAAAGCAUAAAGAAAAAAAAUUUAACACUUGAAGAAGGAUUAACCCGUGAAUAUAAAUUGUCUCAAAAUGUAGGUGAAACAUUUUAUACAGAAUUUGAGGAGAAAACAUUUACAGAUUUUUCAUGGGGCAGGAAAGUUUUUCCCGACCACUUAACAGGUGCAACAGUUGUAAAUAAUGUACGGUAUGAUGAGCUCCCAAUUGUACAUAUGAAAUGCUCAAACAACAACAUAGUUUAUUCUGUCACAGAUCAUACAGGUAAACAAUAUUUUUCAUGGUCAGGGGGUCUUGAGGGUUUUAAGAACAAGAAAAAGGGCAGCACUAUGGCGGCUCAAGCCUCUGCCAUGUCUGUAGCUAAGCGGGCAGUAGAAACACUGGGUAUCAAAGUUGUCAGAGUUAAAAUGAGAGGAUUGGGACAAGGAAGAGUGUCAGCACUUCGAGGAUUGCAAAUAGGAGGGCUUUCGAUAGUAUCCCUCACAGAUACCUCCUCUAUAAAGCAUUCUUUUUUGAAAGGGCGUAAACCAAGAGUGAUAUAAUCUGGUGUUUUGCAAAUGCAAGACCAAUUGACAUGGACUGUAAAGCUGUGGCAGAGAUGUCUUAAUAAUUAAAAGCAUGCAAUCCGACUUUCAAGUCCAGAAGUUGAUAUGCAAGUAGUGAUCACUUGAAAAUACACUUGGGCAAAUCACAAAAAAUGAUGUGCAAGCAUAAUAUACAGUUGUCUUUAGAAAAUCCUCUUAACAUUUUGGGGAUGUCUGGGCCAUCUUCCAACCUUACUAUGGCACGUGUCAUCUGGGAUCUGAACUGUAAAUCUGACAAGUCCAUACCACAUUCUGAAAUGGCAAAAUUCCAAGUACACUGUAUCAUUUAUCAUAGUACAUUUGUAGAUCUUCUUUUGGACAUGGUUAUUUACUAUAGCUGAGUGAAACAUAUUGGAAGUCAGGCUUAUCCAAAACAAUUAUAAAAGAAACCAGAAAAUUGAUGGUAAUUUAAGAAAUUUACACACUGGUUCAUGUAUGCCGUUACAUGUAGUUAGAUUAAUGUCAUUACAAUUAUAAAUAAACUUUGGUCAUUCAGUAUUAUAUAUUUGAUUAGUGGUUUUUCAUUAUAUAUAAAUCUAAUAUUACAGUGAAAUGACUGGUAAUAAGACAAUAUGAAAGAGAAAACAAAUUGGGUCCUGGUUAAGGUUGUAUGCCAUAUCAUCACUGCAAAGUUGCAGAUGCUCAGUGAAA